AGUAGGCGUAUAGCGUAGUAAAAAAAAAACAGGAAAGUUCACAUGUUGAUUUAACAUUUUGUCUAUCUUUUUAACUUUUUGGUAAUUUACUUCUUUAUUUCAGUAAGUUGUAACAAAUCUUGUCAUAGAGUGUUGACCAGGAAAAAUGGUAAAUAAGAAACACGUAGAAGGUUACUAUUCGCUAAUGAAAGAACUAGACCAACUGGGAGAUGAUCAGUCAAUCUUUAUCCUGUUUACUGGAUCUAAGAGUAGCGAUGGUAAAAGUUGGUGCCCCGACUGUGUGUUAGCGGAACCUGUUAUUGAAGAAGCAUUGAAAUUUGCUGAUGAAGAGGUGGUUUUUAUUGUCUGUGAAGUGGGAAGUAGAGCCUACUGGAAAAACAUUCAAAAUGAUUUCCGUAUGGAUGAUAGGCUAAAGAUAAAGUGUGUGCCAACUUUGAUGAAGUGGAGAACACAAAAACGGUUAGAAGAAGCUCAGUGCCAGGAUUCUAACAUGUUGAAAAUGUUACUUGAAGACUGAUUUAAUGCAUUGUAAGAUAAGAAUACAAAAGAAUAAUAUUCAUAAAGUUUCCUAAUCCUAUUUAAUUUUGGUAAAAAGAGUGACAGUGAUUCAUGAAAAAAAAGGACUAUUUAUGCAUGUUUAGUUUGUUGGAUGUUGCUACACACUUAGUAAUGUACUUACAAUUGAAAGCGUAGAAAAUUAUCUCUCCAAAUUUUAAUGGCAUGAAAUGCAGUUUGUCAAAAAAAAAGAUAGUGGCCUAGAGUGAUAUUGUAUAAAUAUAAAUAACCUACUUUUCUCCAUGUGUAUAUCGAAAAGUUCAAGGUACAGCACAAAUCAUUAAGGAAAUUUAUCUCAACUCAGAUUUAGAUAAUGUAAUUCUAGCAGGAUUAUGUGUAAGUGCAGAUUAUUUAAGCAUUCAAACAAGUUCAUUGUUGUAAAUUUAUGCAAUUAGACAUGUUUUUUAAGAGGCAGGCCUGCCAACUCUUACGAUUUAGGUGUAAUUGUUCUGAUUUUGUUUAUUUUACGCCUGUAUGAAUUGUUGUGUUAUUCUACAAUUUUAUGCGAAAUUCUGAAACUUUCUCACUGACCUUUUUUUUCUAAUAAUAAUUUUCCAGAAAUAAUUCACUACUCUCUGCUUUGCUUAUCAAUCUUACAAAUGCUUGAAAUAGUCUGUUAAAAAGGCAUGUAAGUAGUAAGCAUCUGGGUCACGCUGAUAAUUUUUUGAAAGGAAAAUGGUGGAAAAUUGUAGUUCUGCUUUGUCCCCAAUGAUUCCAAUGAAGAAAAGUUUAUAGUGAGCAGAAGUGUAGGCAUGGGUAUUCAAAAAAGUUUAAUGAUAUUGUAUCAUGCUCAAAGGGUAUGAAUUAUGCAAGAUUUACAGUUUGCAUUUGUGAUUUCUUCAUUUUUCAUGAAGAUGAAAAUUACAUCAAAAAUCAUCUUAACACUACUAAACACCAGCAAAAUAAAUCAAGGGCUUCUGGAAUUAAUAAACUAGACUCAUUUUUCAUAAAACAGAAUACCAAAUCAGAAAAUGAUGUGAUCAGAGUGGAAUGUUUAUUCACAGUUCCCGACCAUGCUUCAAAAAUGUUUACCAAAAUGUUUCUGGAUUUGGAAAUUGCUUAAAGAAACAGAUGCUCUAGAACCAAAACCUCUGCAAUAGUUGGAGAAAUAGCUAGCAUUGCAACUCAGUGAAUUGUGAAUAACAUUAAAACUUGUAAACUGUGACAUACUUUGAUGACCACAAGGAAAAGGUAUUACUUUCUAAUCCCAAUUUAAUUGGAAAACAAACUGGUGAGAGUAUUGCAGGAUUCCCACCAGAAGAAAUAGCUUCAAAGUCUUUAAAGUGGGAAAAUUGUGUAUCAUUAGCUGUUGACAACUCAGAUAUGAUGAUAGGGAGAAAAAAACUGAUGGAAAAGAAAAAAAAAGAUGAAGAAAAAACAAAAAAUCCAUGUGAAGGCAGAGUCUGUUCAAUGUAGAUCAGAGGUAUCAGUGAAGAAAGAGAGUGGUUGUUUAGAAAAAUGCAAAGAAAAAGCUUCUAAGCAGAGGUAGUCUGUCAAGGUGUAGGCAGGGAUCUGGAUCUUCUAUGGAUUGUUCCUCUAAGAAAGUAGCAGACAAAAUUGCAAAAGCAAGUGAGAAGGUACAAACACACCUGACAUCAAAUCUCCAGGAAACACUUAUUUGUGAGAGGAAAUAAUUUACAAGUUACUUACAAUAAGGAUGCAUUAUUUCUGAACAAUUACCUUCAAUUAUAUAUAGUCCGAAAACUCACUCAUCCAUUGCUUGCAGAGAAUCUUGUUGUGACACCACAUGCAAUUUCGAAUUUUUCAAAUAUUUUGGAUUUGAAUUUAAAAGAUAGAAAACUUCAGUUAAAAAAUGAGAACUUGGUAAUUGGUUAUGAAGUUUAGCCUUUCCUUUCAAAGCUUGACAAAGGAAGCCAGUUCUCUUUCACAGUGUAGGGCACAAAUGGCAGCAUGCAUACAGAUUUGGUGAUUGUUUCAAGUACAGGGGGCUAUUCCCGCAUGUCGCAGUAGAGAGAAACUUUCUUUGAUAGCCAUGGGAUAAAUCCAAAUUUUGCAGUCAGUGGGUAUAAAUGUUUAUUCAGAUAUAUCCAAACUUUGCAGCAAAAGGGUUAAAUAUGAUAAACUUUCUAAAGUAAUAAAGUCUAUCCUUAUAAUACCACACAGCAGUACAGUUUGUAAAUGGGUUAUCGUGUUUGUUUGCAAAAACUGGAGAGACUUUUGAGGAUCAGUGUCAAAACUCCACCUUAGAAUCAGUGCUGAUAAGGAAGAUGAAGAUGGCACAAAAACUAUGUUUAUCCCAAAAAUUUACUUUUGAUUUCCUAUAGAAAGCCAAGAGUGCUAUAUACAAGGCUCUUAAUUAGUAGUACACAGUAAUUAGUAAGUAUUAAAUAAAACCUAGUUAGUAAUAACACUAUUUUCAUUUACACAUUUUGUUACUUUUCCUUUGUCCCAGUAGGGAUUACUAUUUUUAAAAAUUUAAUGUUGGCACGUCUGAAAAAGUAUAGUGAUGUGCCUGACAAAUCAAAAUACAUUCCUCCUGAUUAAGAAAUGUAUUUUGUGAGUUGGAAGAUCACUUGUAGAUAGAUAAGUGAAACAAGUGACAAAACUGAAACUUCAUUAAUUCAAAUAGAAUAAAGGAAGAUCCUAAUACAGAUAUAAAUAGUAGUUUGUGUUGGAAUUAAAGGAAAAUCUUACCACCAGGAAAAUGUGUAAUUAUAUUGUAAACAUAGAAAACACAUAAACAGAUCUCAUCAGUAAAAAUAGAAUUGCUAUCUCCUACACUCAAAUUUUUACAACUGAAUUGAAUGAAAUUGUUUACUAUUUUCAACAUAUUAUCAGGAUUUUUGUGGGUGUUGGAAAGCCUGGGAAGUUCUGGAAAUUUGUGAAUUCAUUUUCUAAGCUUUGAAAUCCCAUGAAAUAUGAUAAUGCCUUCAUCAAAAUGGUUUUUAUCAGCAUAUACCACAUUUCUGUUUCAUUAAGAAUUUGAAAUCUUGUCUCUUUUGAGUCAUCAACUAUUAAAACUUGCCAGAACAGGAAUGUAUCUACUAUAAAAGUGUCCUUUGUUUUAAAUUGAAAUAUUGUAUUGUUAAAAAAUAAGUAACUUAUCAAAGGUACAAAGAUUAAUCAUUAAAAUAGCUGAAAUAUAUGUGAUACAUGAUUGUACCCAAUGGACAUCAUCCCAAAAAAUAGCAUCACCUAUCCAUGCAUAUAUAUGAAUAGCUAAUAAGUUAUUUAAAAAUGUAAUGUUUACAAACCAAUGUGUUGAGAGUGUUGUUACAUUUUAUGCAGAGAAUGUUGAUGCUUACAGUAUUGCAUACUAAUUGCAAAAGCUGUCAAGAAAUAGCUCUAUCAGCUAUGUUGUAUAUGCAAGUUUCAUACUUUAGUAAGAGAGAUAAUUCAAAUUUCAAGCAAAUAGAAAGUGUACUUCCUAUCAUAUGUAAUUCAACGUAGAUAAUGAGCUUGGAUUAAAUAACUUAAUGGUUAAA